AUGUUCGAAUUGCGGCAAGAAAUUUUGAUAUCGACUGGAAGUGUUUCGCAUUCGGUUAAUAAUCUAUCAAUUUUCUUUCAUGAAGUCGAAGAUUUGACGCUUUCUUGUGUGAUACAUAAAAAUCAGAUUGCGACAUUAAGCUGGGAUCAAGGCCUGAAUAAUUUCACAUGUGAUAAUCUGCCAAUUAAAGUUAAUGAUUCUGACGCACCUAUUAUCGUAUUACAAGCGAAAUACUGCACACCAAUUUGCAGAACAUUUCCUCUUUUGGUUGUUGCUACUUCCAAGGGAAUAAUGAUUUACGAUGUGAGAGCUUGCAAAUUACUUUUAUGGAGAGAAAUGAAUGAUUUUGUUUAUCGGCCAGAAACACCUUUUUGGAAUUCAGAACCAGCAAGACGUGAGCAAGCGUAUCGCUUUACAAAGGGAAUAACUUAUAUGGAAAACUUAAUCGUUGUUGGAUCGUAUUCAGGAGAAUUGCUUGUAUUUAAAUGCUCCGGCGGAGAUUCUGUAACUUUUGAAGGAAGUGUCCAGGAGCACGAUUUUGCCAUAGCAGAUAUAGCUACUUGUCAUUCCGAUGAUUUAACGUGCUCUUGUGAUGUUUCGGGAAAUAUCGCUGUUUGGGUCAAGAAUUUCAAAAGUGCUCGAAAAAAAUUUAGCACUGGGCAUGAAGUCAACUGCAUCAAUGUGCUGAGAAGGCAAGUCAUUAUUGGCACAUUCGUCGGUCAUUUAUUAUUUUACUCGACGUUGAAUGGACAAUUAAUGGCUGAAGUGGAUGCACAUAUCCGUCAAAUAAAUGCAAUUGCUGUGGCACCAGAAAGUGCUUUUAUUAUGUCAGUCAGUGAUGAUACGAUGGUACGGUUGUGGAAGUUACAUACUCGUAAACCUGGUGCUUCUAGGGUUGAAUGGCUAUUUAACAAACGAGUUGAAAAUAUGCCGUUGGUGGGUGCACAGUUCGUCAAUGGUCGUGGAAGUGAAUUUGUUGUAGCAGCCUAUGAUUAUUCCAAAUUACUUUAUUAUCACAUGGUGAAGAAGUUGCCCGCGAGACGAACAGGAUCAUGA